ACCUUUUGUGUUGUGUUCUGGUGAAUAAAACGGACAACACAAAAUAAAUCCAAUAUUACGUUAAAGCAAUGCAAUAAUGUUAUUUAUAUGAUCCUACUAAUCAUCGGGCAUUGUUAAUCCAGUGAAUCUAAUUAUUUCGUCGUAAUCGAUAUUUUUGGAAAUCGACCGGUGCAGGAGUCACAAUGGAGGCUCUAAUCCCCGUAAUCAACAAGCUGCAGGACGUGUUCAACACAGUGGGCUCUGACGCGAUCCAGCUACCGCAGAUCGUAGUGCUCGGAUCACAGAGCUCUGGCAAGAGUUCGGUGAUUGAGAGCCUGGUGGGCAAGUCGUUCCUUCCCAGAGGCACUGGAAUUGUUACCAGGAGGCCUUUGAUUUUGCAGCUGGUUUACUGUCCGAAGGAAGACAAGGAACAUAGGAGUUCUAUCGAUGGUACCAUCGAGCUUGAAGAUUGGGGCGUGUUCCUGCACGCCAAGGACAAAAUCUUCCGCGACUUCGAGCAAAUCCGUCAAGAAAUCGAGGAUGAAACCAACCGGAUUGCCGGCAGCAAUAAGGGAAUCUGCCCGGAGCCGAUCAACCUCAAAAUAUACUCGACCAAAGUCGUGAACUUAACUUUAGUAGAUCUGCCCGGCAUUACCAAAGUGCCAGUCGGUGACCAACCGGCUGAUAUAGAACAACAAAUUAGGGAUUUAGUAUUAAAAUACAUUGCCAACCCGAAUUCUAUUAUUUUGGCUGUGGUGACUGCUAAUACGGACAUGGCCACGUCGGAGAGUUUAGCUAUUGCCAAAGAUGUUGACCCAGAUGGGCGUAGGACUCUGGCGGUCGUCACUAAGCUGGAUCUCAUGGACGCAGGUACUGAUGCCAUUGAUAUUCUGUGUGGGCGAGUGAUACCAGUAAAACUGGGCAUCAUUGGGGUUGUAAAUAGAUCACAAGCUGACAUUUUGAACAACAAAACUAUUAAAGACUCUCUAAAAGACGAAGCAACGUUCCUUCAAAGCAAAUAUCCUACUUUGGCUGCAAGAAAUGGCACCCCAUACUUAGCUAAGACUUUAAAUAGGCUUUUAAUGCAUCAUAUCAGGGACUGUUUGCCCGACUUAAAGACCAGAGUUAACUUAAUGAUGUCCCAAUUCCAAUCCCUAUUGAACUCGUACGGCGAAGAUAUCUCAGAUAAAAGCAAAACUUUACUGCAAAUUAUUACAAAAUUCGCCUCCGCCUACUGUUCCACCAUCGAGGGUACGGCCAGGAAUAUUGAAACGACUGAACUAUGCGGGGGUGCGAGGAUUUGUUACAUUUUUCACGAAACCUUCGGCAGAACUUUGGAUUCUAUACACCCCUUGGCUGGUCUGACCAAAAUGGACAUUCUCACAGCAAUAAGAAACGCCAACGGACCACGUCCCGCCCUAUUCGUCCCCGAAGUGUCCUUCGAACUGCUCGUCAAACGUCAAAUCCGAAGACUGCAGGAACCCUCGCUGCGUUGCGUCGAGCUGAUCCACGAAGAAAUGCAACGAAUCAUCCAACACUGUGGCAGCGAGGUGCAGCAGGAGAUGCUGCGUUUCCCUAAACUGUACGAAAGCAUCGUCGACGUGGUGACCCAGUUGUUGCGCAGACGUUUGCCCACCACCAACGACAUGGUGGAGAACUUAGUGGAAAUUGAGCUCGCCUACAUCAACACUAAGCACCCCGAUUUCUACAAGGAAAUCGCCAUGGUGCCAACUAUGAUCAAGUCCGUCGAUGGUAAUCGGGCCAAUAGACCGAAGAGCAUGUAUGGCAAACAACCAGCAAUGAUGCCGGUUGAACCGCAGCCAUUGAUUGUUGCGAAUAGUAGUGUGCAGCAACGUGAACAAGUCGAUUUUUACGAUUAUCUCUUUAGUUUAUUGCCGAUUACUAGCUAUAACGACUUCAUGGCUGCUAUACAGUCGCGUUCGAACAGCAAUCCUCAGCUGAAUCACGACGACGCCACCGCCUGGGUCUCAAAUCUGACUUCUGCACAGAACGGCCGCAGCGACGAGAUCAACCACGUGAACAACCUGCCCGAUAGUGUUAAGGCCGACGGUGAUAUCCGGUCAGUGCUCAGCCCCGUUAAACCUGUCAACCUCCUCCCCCAGGUGCCCAUCAACAGCAACAGCUUCAGGAAGUUAUCCGAGAACGAAGAGCACGACUGCGAAAUCAUUGAGAGACUGAUCAAGUCCUACUUUUACAUUGUGAGGAAGUCCAUCCAAGACACCGUGCCCAAGGCCGUCAUGCAUUUCCUGGUGAAUUACGUGAAGGACAAUUUACAGUCCGAAUUGGUUACCCACCUGUACAAGUCCGACAAUGCGGACCAGCUUUUGGAUGAGUCUGAACAUAUUGCUCAGAGACGCAAGGAGGCCGCCGACAUGUUAAAGGCUUUGCAAAGGGCGGCGCACAUAAUCAGUGAGAUUAGGGAAACACAUAUGUGGUAAAACUAAAUUAAGAAGCUACGUGUCAUCUGACUAGUCAAGGUUCGAGUAUUGGGCAGAUUUAUAGCAAAUACUGAAGUUGUUUUGUAUUAUGUAAAGAUCUACAGUCUUUGCUGUGUACUUUUCCUGUAAUUAAUAGUAAUGUUACAGUUAUAAAUGAUAAGGAUUAGUUAAAGGCUUUGUUACCUGUUCUUUUGUUACAUACUGCUUUAUUUUUUACAGUACACCUACAAUGGCUAUUAUAGAACAACAUGAGCAAGUAUUGUAAGAUCUAAAGCAUGCAGGAUAUCAAUUUUUAGGAUAAAAUAAACUCCUAUUUUGUUAACUCAUUUUUGUUAUUGUGGAACCAUUUUGUUGUCGUACUGUCUUUUUUUACUGCGCCUCCAAAUGGUUUGGUAUUUGUAAAUAACCAUUUAUACACUGUACACUACGCACAUUGCAAAAGUUAAAUCUGCAUUUGGUGGUUUUAAAGCCCAUUUUGUAGUCACAUUUUUAGUUAUGUAUAUUCUUAACCAAUAUUGUUGAUAUUCAUAUAAAAAAAGAGAACUUUAAUAUGUGUGUUGACAUUUUCAUUCCUAAAUUAUUAUCCAACUUCAUAUUGUGUAAAUUCUGUUGUGAUUAAAAUUUAUUAGAUCAUUAA